AUGUCUGACUACCUUGCUCAUUUACCUGUGGAGGGUUAUCAACCAUUGAGGUUUGACUUUCCAGAUGAAGACAUCAUAUUUAUCAGAGAUUACGUUAUUCCAGGCCCCAAGGAAGGCCCUGAACUAGGAUCGCGAUGGACGCUCAUGUUCAACGGUGCUUCCAAUGCUCGUGGUCAUGGAAUAUGCACAUUUAUCACUUCUCCAACUGGCUUUCACCUUCCAUUUACCGCUAGAUUAUGCUUUGACUGCACCAACAAUAUGACAGAAUAUGAGGCAUGUAUCUAUAGUAUUGAGGCGGCCAUUGACUUAAGGAUUAAAAUUCUUGAAGUAGAUGGAGAUCCAGCUCUGGUAAUCAGUCAGGUAAUGGGUGAUUGGGAGACUCAGGAUAGCAAGUUAAUUCCUUCUAAAGAGGAUAUCAGAAAACUGAUGCUCUACUUUAAUGAAAUCUCUUUUCAUCAUAUCCCUGGGGAAGAAAAUAAGUUGGUAGAUGCUCUAGCUACAUUGGCCCUCAUGUUUAAGGUCAAAUGGAAGAAUGAAUCACCUGCUAUCCAUAUUGACCACCUGGAUGAACCAACACAUUAUCUAGCAAUCGAGGCAUAUUCUAAUGAUAAGCCUUGGUUCUAUGACAUAAAGACAUUUUUGGAGAAACAUCAAUAUUCUGAUGGUAUAUCUAUUAUUGACAAGAAAGCUUUGAGAAGACUUUCCUCCAAGUUUUUCUUGAACGUUGAUGUGUUAUAUAAGAGGAAUCAUGAUUUCGUGCUGCUCAAAUGCGUGGAUAGACACGAAGCAAGCACAAUCAGAAAAUAUAUACAUGAAGGUUGCAAGGGUGUACAUGCGAAAGGUCAUGUUAUAGCCAAGAAGAUCCUCUGA